GAGCAGCAGCAGCAGUCUGGGGUCCAACAUCCUCUCUGCGAAGGCUGACUGCCCCUCUACUUUAAAAACCUGCAGACCCCAAAUCUUUUCCAUGUGACAUCAGACGGACUUUUCAUAGAACAGGAAGCGACAGGGCGAAGUGACAUUAAAGGGGACAUCGAAUUAAGGCGGAGGCUGUUUCUGUGGAAGUUUAUUUCCCUUUUUUGGCCCGGUAUUCCCAGUAAACCAGGAAAAUUGCUUGGUGUAGCUGUAUCGGUGAGAAGGCUCGGGAGGAGGUGAAACUGCGGGAUAUGAUGACCGAGAAAGAAACGGCGACUGAGAAGAUAAUAUCAGAUGCAAUGGCUAAUCCUUCUCCUGCAAAGAGUAUGGGUGACCCUGGAAUUACCCCACUGUCUCCUUCACAUACUCAGCAAAGCGACACAGACCAGGUACCGUCGGGGCCGUCCUAUGUGGUGGUAGUAGCCAUUGAUUUUGGCACCACAUCCAGCGGUUAUGCUUAUGCCUUCACUAAGGAGCCGGAGUGCAUUCACACUAUGAGACGUUGGGAAGGCGGGGACCCUGGUGUGUCCAAUCAGAAGACUCCAACUACAAUCCUGCUGACUCCAGACAGGAAGUUCCACAGUUUUGGCUAUGCAGCACGUGACUUCUACCAUGACCUGGACCCCAGCGAGUCCAAACACUGGCUCUAUCUGGAAAAAUUCAAAAUGAAGCUCCACACCACUGCAAAUCUGUCCAUUGACACCGACCUCCACGCAGCCAAUGGGAAGCGUGUGAAAGCUCUGGAUAUCUUUGCAUAUGCAUUGGCCUUCUUCAAAGAGCAAGCACUUAAGGAGCUGAGUGAUCAGACAGGCGGUGAGUUUGACAACAAUGAUGUGAGAUGGGUGAUCACUGUUCCUGCCAUUUGGAAAAUGCCUGCAAAGCAGUUCAUGAGGGAAGCUGCCUAUAAGUCUGGUCUGGUGUCCCGUGAAAACCCAGAGCAGCUGAUCAUCGCCUUAGAACCUGAGGCAGCAUCAAUCUAUUGCCGCAAGCUCCGCCUCCACCAGAUGGUGGAUCUAGGCACCCAAACCAUUCAGAACGGCUGCAGCCCCACUGACAACAUGGGGAGUGCAAUGACCCAAGCAAAGGAGCAUGUUCGGCGCAACCGGCAGAGCCGCACCUUUUUGGUGGAAAAUGUCAUAGGGGAGCUUUGGUCGGAACUGGAAGAAGGUGACCGUUAUGUGGUGGUGGAUUGUGGCGGAGGAACAGUGGACCUGACUGUCCAUCAGAUCCGUCUUCCAGAGGGACAUCUAAAGGAGCUCUACAAGGCCUCAGGUGGUCCCUAUGGCUCUAUCGGGAUUGACUAUGAAUUUGAGAAGCUGCUGUGUAAGAUCUUUGGCCAGGAUUUCAUCGACCAAUUUAAGAUCAAGAGGCCAGCCGCCUGGGUGGACCUGAUGAUUGCGUUUGAGUCUCGAAAGAGGGCAGCAGCCCCUGAUAGAACCAACCCCCUCAAUAUUAACCUGCCCUUUUCCUUCAUUGACUACUACAAGAAGUUCAGGGGCCACAGUGUGGAGCACGCACUUCGCAAAAGCAAUGUGGACUUUGUUAAAUGGUCGUCACAGGGGAUGCUGAGGAUGAGUCCAGAUGCCAUGAAUUCCCUCUUCAAGCCCACCAUAGACCACAUCAUCCAACAUCUCACUGAACUGUUUGAGAAGCCAGAGGUGAGCGACAUAAAGUUCCUGUUCUUAGUCGGAGGCUUUGCUGAGUCUCCCCUGCUGCAGCAAGCUGUCCAGGACAUGCUCCAGGGCCGCAGCCGCAUCAUCAUACCCCAUGAUGUUGGCCUUACCAUUCUGAAAGGUGCUGUGCUGUUCGGCCUGGACCCUAGCAUCAUUAAAGUCCGCCGCUCACCCCUCACAUAUGGGGUGGGCGUCCUCAAUCGCUUCGUGGAAGGCAAGCACCCGCCGGAAAAGCUGCUGGUGAAAGAUGGCACACGCUGGUGCACCGAUGUCUUUGACACCUUCAUCGCUGCUGACCAGUCUGUGGCACUGGGUGAGAUGGUGAAGCGGAGCUACACGCCGGCCAAGCCCUCUCAGCAGGUUAUUGUCAUCCAUGUCUACUGCUCCGAGAAGGAGAAAGUGGGAUUCAUCAGUGAGCCCAGCGUGAGGAAGUGUGGGACACUUCGCUUGGAUGUGAGUGGAACGGAAAGCACAGCACCGCGCCGUGAGAUCCAGACACUCAUGCAGUUUGGUGACACAGAGAUUCGGGCUAUGGCAGUUGAUGUGUCCACCGGACGCACCGUUAAAGCUAGCAUUGACUUCCUAAGCCAUUAAGAAGGGAACAAGAGAGCUAAUGUUCCAAAAUUGUUGGAGCAAUGAAAAUUGAAACAUACACCUUAAACACACACAAACACACAACAAGCUGUGGAUAUUUACUGAAAAGUGGUAAGGAUAAUGAAUCUCAAGGCUCAGUCACUCUCAGUUUAAGUGUUUAUGGUACAUGGUUUGAAUGAAAGUUCUAAACUUCACCUUAGAAUCUAUGUUACGAUACAUACACAUAACAAACCCUUUUACCCCAUGCUGAGGCUAAUGCUUUGUUGAGUCAGGUUGACGAGCUGCUCACAGGAAAGAUGAAGGCUUAUUCACUUCCUAUUCACCAUUGCGGGACAGCUUUUCAAAUCUUCUCUCAGUGCAUUCCAGAGGAAAGACUCUCAAAGCCAUACAUCAAUAAUAUUCUAACACUAACACUGUGGAUACACAUUCAGAAUGUAUCUUUACAUGCAUCGGUUUCUUUCUGUCAGAUGACAGCAGAUCAUUGUAUAUUUGUGCACUACAAAACUUAUUGUGUAUAAGGUCAUAAUAACAAGUCAUCAAGCUUUUGGAACAGCUACUUCAGUACAGUUCUGAGGGCCAUAUUAGUGGCUUUUGCUAGAUUCAACCCUUUUAACAGUGCAAACUGUUAAUACGUCACACUGCUGCCGGCCAUUUUCCAAAUCAUACCAUUUUAUUUUACAUUGAUUUCCUUCAUUCAAGGAUCAAAAGAGAAUUACUCAUUACUAAGAAAAGGUUGUUAGGCCAAGCUUGGCUAGGCCAUUUAAUUGGACUACUGUCCAAUGGGAGGAGAAAUAUUAUUAUUCACUGAAGUAUGUCCAAGUCCGCUACGAUAGGUGGUGAUAUGCGCCCUUUCAGCUUGUUAGUAUUGGACCCUUUUCUGGUUGACCCAUCACGUCAAAGAUAAAACAAUUGACAAACAAGUUAGCUACAGUUAGCUAGUGGUAAACUGCCACCAUGGCGGACAACUUUACAGCUCUACACCUUUUGCCCGUCCAUGGCUCUGGAUGUAGAUUACGUUAUGUUGUUACCGGCCUCUUCUUUCAACUCCCAAUCACAUUAUCUGGGCGUGUUAGUCCGACUUUGAGAAAUUCAAUUUAGUACGUUUUCUGUUGGACUAACGUGUUUACAUGUAUUUUAAAAGUCUGUUUUUUAGUUGGACUAACACAAUAUAUAGAUUUUCUCUGUCAUGUAUAUGUACUGACUGUUAGCUUGCAUUUUUAGCUUAUUCAUAAUAAAGAACUACUGGCCUAACAAGCUUUGUAUGGCUGUGUAAAACAUAUCGGCCAUGGAUUAAGAUGGCAACAAAAGUUGCCUGUGUUAAUAUCGUUAAUAUAAUAGUAAACUAACUGUUCACAUCCAGGAGACUUAGAGCAAUAUGAGCAUUUAUUUUAACACUUUUAACACACUGCUUCUUUUUUUUUUUUUUUAGCUUUUUCAUAACAAUUCAUCAGUUGCCUAACCAGCUCAACAUGGCUGAUUAAAACACACCAGCUGUGGAUAAAGAUGGGUCAUGGAUUCGAAACAUUUCUGAAAAAUAUAUUAUGCUUGUUCAACAGAUAAGCAGCUUUUACUGCCUCCCUUAUUGGCAGGUUUUGUUACACUUGUGGCAGAGAGCAUUGCAGACAACAGGAGAACCAACCUUAAACCUUUGUCUCUAAACUACUGUAGUAAAAAAAAGUCUCCAUUCAGACUUAUCUCACCUACUUAAGAACUGAUACAUGUUACCAAAUGACAGUCCACCACUGGUACCACAAAGGCAAUAUCCCUACCUGGGAGAUAGGAAAUCAGUCUAAAAACUGAGGGCAUACCUCUAAGAAUCACCACCAAAAAUGUCAAGUAAUCAGAAUUUUAACCAACAGGCUAAAUAAUGCAAAACCACCACUAUGUUCCUUUAAGAUGAUCCACAGCUAAAUCUUAAUCCAAGAAUGUGAAACAUGCUGCAAGGUCAAUCUGAAAAGCAAGUACAGCUAUCAAAUGCGCUUAAUUGUUGCCUUUAUUUGUUAAUGCUUCUGACUAUUAGAUGUGGACAAAAUGCCCCUUGCCCACUUGAAUAUUUGAUCCAGGUGUGAUUCUGCACAUAGGUGCAGGCCAGUUGAGACAGCCUGAAGUGUUUAUUUCUGUAAAUACAGUAUUUAAAUAUUGUACAGAUUUUUAGUAUUGUUUUUGCAGCUUUAGAACCAAGAGAGAGAGAGAGAGAGAGAGAGAGAGAGAGAGAAAGAGAGUGUGAAUGUGAGAUUGGGUUUGUGUAUGUGUGCUUUAACACAAUCAUCUCUCAACAUUUUGUUCUCACCAGCCAUAGCAUAAGAGGCUGAGGCAGAUUUGAUUGCUUCGUUUAUUCACAGUGAGAUAUUGUAUGUGUCUUCUGUUACUCUCUUUUUCGCUAUCAUUAAAAGAAACUUGAAUACCUCCGUCCUUAAAAGGCAUUUCAAAUAUGAAAUGGUAGCAGUAUCUAAAUGUGUCCAAUCCUCCUUUCCAUCCCUCUUGCAGUACUGUAGGGUAGUUAGUUCUGUCGGGAUUUCAUCAUGAUUUAUAACAUAUUCACUGAAUAAAUAUUAAGACAAUAUUUUUCCCCUUACUGUGAAGAUAUUGAGUCACUGAAUUUAGAAAUUAUAGUUUCUUUGACUGAGGCAUAGUCAGCAAUAACCAUACAAGUGAAAAGCCACAUUUUCAAAUGCUUAUGAAAGGUUUAAGUUUUAAUUAAGAGUGCCUAGUAUGAAUAAAACGUGAUGUCAAGAGUCAUUCACCCUAUCAGGGCAUACACUACAUUCCCUCGCCCACCUAAUGAUAUACUUAGCUUUAUAUACGUGUGACUUCAGACGUAAUCUCUGAGCACUGGUUGUGAAUUCAUCAGAGGCUUUUGUCACGUCUAAAUGUUGGACACGUGAAAAAGCGUCAAAGGCUAAAUUAAAGGGGCAUUGCUUUGUGUUAUCUCUUACCUUAAUCAACCUCCUCUGGCAGCCAGGAGAAACAGCACUGGUAAAAAAGAAUCUCUGUCCUCAGUCAAGCAUGGUGAUGUAGUGACCACAUCACGCAGUGGCUCUGUGGGUGUUACCUCUCAUUGACAGCAUUGUCAAUGGUGCAAAUUCAUAUGUGAAGGUCACAGUAUGCUUUAAAGCAGCACAUUCUUACUCUGAUCUCGUUACAUGUCCAUGUUUGGUCAUGGACUUUCCAUGUCAAGAUAUGACGUGCAACGUACCCUGAGGUGCAUUGGUUGUUAACGUUUUGGGACACUGUGUCAGCGUCAGCUUGAUAUAUACAUUGUUUUCAAAAUACACUUCUGUUUUCACAGGAAAUGUACAGUUUGCAUGACUUUGUUGUAUUACGUCGGUACAACACCGCGAAUUGAUAUUUUUCCUUCAACAAAAAAUGCACGUGUUUAUGUUUUGCCAACACAUGCAUGUGGUUGGGGUUUUUUUUGGCAACAAAAGCACAUGUUUGAGUUUAGGCAACAAAAGCACGUGGUUGGGUGUAGGGAAAAAAAACAGGGUAUGGCUUUACAUUCACAUGGGAAGAGAACACCAGCCUCCUAGGUGAAAGUUGGUGGUUGUUGAACCCAUCUACCACCUCUCCCACCACCCUACACAGACAUCUGCCCCCUUAACUGUCGCUGUGGUCCCGGCAUGUUUACCCUUGAAGCCACCAGGCCCUACAAUAAUGGCAACCAGCGUUGUAUCAUGCCAACGUGAAAGGACAGCUUUUUGUUGGUGUCUGACCCCAGAAGUCAUUGACCAAGCAUUGGUAUUAAUUGACUUGGGAGUGACACCAGGUUGUUUAAAGUAACUACAGUAGGCCACUGACCCCUCAAGCUCUGUCCAAGAACUCUUUUGUCAGCCUUUGGACUCUUUAUGCAGUUCAAUAGCUUGUACUUUCAGGGUACAGUCUUGGCUGACAGUCUCUCCCUGAUGUCCUGAUGUCAUGUGUUAGUUGCAACACUACUAAUUGCUGCAUAAAGUUGGCAUCACUGUAGGAUGGUCUGUUAAGAAAAGUUCCAAAAAUUGCUUAGUUCUUAGUUUGAAACAUACUGAGACCAUCAGAAUUCAAGUUGGACUAGACACCAAAGCGCUGCACAGAUGUACUAUGCCACCAUGAGUGAAUCCACUGAUUGCACUGAUUCUAUUGAAAUGAAAAGAUUUUGGUUUGAAAAUGUGCUGUUACAAAUGCUGGUGUGAAAGGGCCCCUAUACCUGUUACAGUGUGUUAUCUUGCAAAGUUUGAUUGAUUUCAUACAGUAUGCUGCACAUUUUCCUUCUGUGGCAGUCACAAUUGGAUACGUUCACUUCAAUUCGUUGACCUGACCCUGAGUGUCACCAUAUCCUAACCUUGCACAAUUCAACGAGACAAAUCUUGCUCGUUGGCUCAAAUCUGCUAGCUGAUUAAUGUGGAGCUAGACAUGAAACAUGCAGUAAAGAGGCUUCAUAUCAUCAUGGCAAAUACUGGAAGAACAAUGAAUCUCCUGUAGAUGGUUUACUUGUUUGACUCAAGAAAAAGGCCAAGUAUUGACCAGCAAACCCACAGGUAUAUUAGGACUUUUCUGCUGUGGUGUUUCAAGGAACUUGAUAUCUUAAUUAUAAGAUCUAAUAACCAGUUUUUAAGGCGUUUUCUUAGAUUCUUUAUUUGGUCUUUGAAUCAAGGCUUGUCUUGCUUUUCUGUCAGUGUACAAAGUCACACACAAUGCUGUCUUCAGCACUCUUUGCAAUGCAUGUUUCGCAUGCGUCACAUAGGAAUGACGAAACAACAACAAGCAACAGACAGUAAGUUGAUCGCUAAUACUAAUACACAAAAUCAAGGUUUACCACAGAUGAUGAUGAUGAUGAUGUUGUUAAUUAUGUUGAUGGCGUAUUCUGGAAUAACCUGUGUGCUCCACAGUUUUAUCACUGUGUUGAGGACUGGUUGUGCUGUGUUUAAUACCCUGCUGCUUUCUGAGCUGAUGUAGUUGAUGUUAAUGCUCAUAACUGUGAGGCAAAUUGUGAUUUGUGAUAUUGGGCUUUAUAAAUAAAAUUGAUUGAUUGAUUGAUAACGUACGGCAGCUCAUAACUACCACUGCAGAGCAGCACUUCCCAUACUUUACUGAUAACUAACCUAAUAACCUUUUAUUCCUUCUACAUAUCUCUGUACUCACAAAGGAUGGAUAUCAAGAGGAAGGAUUUAUUAACACAAUGUUUCUAUUGUUUCUUUGGAUAGGUAAAAACAAUGUAAUGUGUGAAUCCUUGAGUAUUAUGUGGUGCACAGGAUACUGUUAUGUAGCAGCUUUAUACUUAAAGCUAUGAUAAAAUUGUAUGAAGACAUGUUUAUCCUUCUAUUUUCAGCUUGUCAGGCAGCAUUUGACAUUUCAGCUGAAAUAUUAAAUCUUUGGUCAAUCAGUCUGAAGUCAAUUGGUUCAGUGGAUGUGAUUUGAGGUAGCAAUCUAGCCAGCUUGCAUCAUAUACAAGUAUCUGCUUAACACUAUCUAAAAUAUUCAGCAAUUCAGAAACUGUAACUGCUAGAAUGAUUAAGCUUAUAGUUAGGAACAUUGCAGCCACAUUGAAAUGCAACACAAUGUACACUUUGUUCUUUUAGUUCUUCAUUGAUAAUGCAAAGGAUUUUUUUUUAUCUUGAGUUACUUAAAUGUAUUGUUCUCUUGCAAUUUUCACACAGUAAUGGGUGUAUUUUGAUUAAUGCCAGGUAUUCACUUUCAGACUGUCACCAAUAAAAUGUAUGUGUAUUUCAAACAACA